AUUUCAAUGUUUAUAUUCUGAAUAUCAUACACUUUUUGUGCGGCAAAAUAUUUGUUUUCUCUCUGAAUUAAUACGAAAAUAAAACCAAAUUCAACGACAAAUUAAACGAUAGUAAAAGCAUUGAAUCAAGCGACUUUGCAGCGUGUACUUUUUGCCAGUUUUCAUUACUCAACCAUGUUGACCGAUCAAAUUCAAUACUCGGAAAAGUACUAUGACAACCAGUACGAAUACAGACAUGUCAUUUUGCCGAAUGAUUUGGCCCGUCAAGUACCCAAAUCGCAUCUGAUGACCGAAACGGAAUGGCGAAAUUUGGGCGUUCAACAGAGUCCCGGCUGGGUUCAUUACAUGCUUCACGCUCCAGAGCCACAUGUGCUGUUGUUUCGCCGACCAUUGCCAAAGGAACAAUCGGAAAAUACCACGACCGCAUCUACAUCGUCCAUGCAAACGGUGUAAAAAUCUAUUGGAAUUUCCAGCAAAAUUCACUACUUAAAUGCAACUUUCGAGUUGAAAUUGUUUUAUAUAAAAGUUGAUUUAAGAAAAAUUGUAAGAAAACAAAGAGAUAGUGCACGAUAAGAAUAUAUAUAUGACAAUUCGUCCAGAAUUGGCUUGUACCAAGAAA